CGCUCUUUAAAAACCCUAGCAAAACCUCUUCCACUUAGCUUUCUUCAAUCUCGUUACUUCACCGUAUUGGAUUCGUGAUGUCGAAUCCAAAGUCUUCGAAGAAGUCAUCCGUGGACUUGGAGCUUCUGAAAAACGAUGUUGAAUCCUUCGCUUCGUCUCUCGGCCUGGUCUCGUCGUCUCUCCCUUCUUCGGGCUUCAACGAUUCUGAUUUCCGGAAAACCGGAAAAAUCGAAUCCCAGAAGCAGAAAAAGCCUAAGAACGAUGAAUCCAGUCAGAAACAGCAUGACGAGCAUAAACGAGGGGUCGCAAAGAAGCCAAACUCGAGGAUUUCGAACGAAACCGGAAAGAAUCUGCGGCCUGGGAGCGAAAAGGUAGAUACCCGGAUGAAGAGAAUGGAAAAACCGAAGCCAAAUCCUGAAAUUUUGUCGGUUGACAAUGAAAAUGGCGGGUUUAAAGGCAAACGCUUCGAGAAGUACAAGAGUUUGCCGAAGCUACCGUUGGUGAGGGCGAGUUUAUUGAGCUCGGAAUGGUACAAGGAUGCCGAGGAACUGGAGGAGAAGAUCUUCGGCGGAGAUAAACGGAAAGCGGUUGAGACUAAUAUGGAGCAGCGUAAGGGUUUGAUGGAGAAGAAGAGGGAACUGGGAGAGAGAUUGAUGUGGCAGUAUACGGAGGAUUUCAAUUCCUCAAAAGGGAAAAGCGGAGACAUGAAGAUGGUUGUCGCCGCGCAAAAGUCAGGGACAGUGACUGACAAAGUCACUGCAUUUGAGAUCAUGGUCGGAGAGAAUCCCAUUGCUAAUAUGAGAUCGCUUGAUGCGCUAGUGGGAAUGGUGACUUCCAAGAUCGGCAAAAGAUAUGCUUUUAAGGGGUUUAAAGCGCUGUCGGAACUUUUCAUCAAGUUAUUACCUGAUCGAAAGCUGAAAACACUUUUGCAGCGGCCUCUGAAUAGCAUCCCAGAGACAAAGGAUGGUUAUUCACUUUUGCUGUUUUGGUACUGGGAGGAAUGUUUGAAAGAGAGGUAUGAGCGGUUUGUUAUCGCACUUGAGGAAGCAUCAAGGGAUAUGCUUCCACAACUCAAAGACAAGGCUUUGAAGACCAUAUAUUUCCUGUUAACAAGCAAAUCAGAACAGGAGCGUAGAUUGCUAGCUGCGUUGGUGAACAAGUUGGGGGAUCCUCAAAACAGGAGUGCAUCUAAUGCUGAUUUCCACCUGUCAAAUCUUUUGGCUGACCAUCCUAAUAUGAAGGCUGUGGUAAUUGAUGAAGUUGACUCCUUUCUUUUCCGGCCUCAGCUUGGGUUACGUGCAAAAUAUCAUGCUGUUAACUUUUUGAGCCAGAUCCGUUUGAGUCAUAAAGGAGGAGAUCCAAAAGCAGCAAAGCGUCUCAUUGAUGUGUAUUUCGCUCUUUUUAAGGUUUUAAUCACAGAAGCAGAUGGCAAACAAGGUGCAGAGGACAAAGUAGUGGCUGACAAGAAAACUUCUAAUCUUAAGGAAGCUAAACAAGUGAAGUCUUCUGAUUCACAUGUUGAAAUGGAUUCUAGAAUUCUAUCAGCUCUACUAACGGGAGUUAACAGAGCUUUUCCUUACGUUUCUACCAGUGAGGUCGAUGAUAUAAUUGAAGCACAGACUCCGAUGCUUUUUAAACUGGUGCACUCAAAUAAUUUCAACGUGGGAGUUCAAGCACUGAUGCUUCUUGACAAGAUCUCAUCCAAGAAUAAGAUUGUCAGUGAUAGGUUUUACCGUGCUUUGUAUUCAAAACUUCUACUUCCCUCCGCAAUGAAUUCUUCCAAGGCAGAAAUGUUUAUUGGACUUCUCCUCAGAGCUAUGAAAAACGAUAUAAACGUGAAACGUGUCGCUGCCUUCUCCAAAAGGGUCUUGCAGGUAGCGCUUCAGCAGCCGCCGCAAUAUGCAUGUGGAUGCCUUUUCCUCUUGUCCGAGGUACUAAAAGCAAGGCCGCCUCUUUGGAACAUGGUGCUCCAGAAGGAAUCGGUUGAUGAUGAAGAAGAUAUAGAACACUUUGAAGAUGUGAAAGAGGAAGACGAUAUUGAAUCCGGGAAGGAAUCCGAGAAAGAAAGGAACGAUACUGGACUCAAUAAUGAUGGUGAUGAAGUUACCAGGACAGGUAGUGAUUCUUCUUCGGAUGAUGAAGAUGAUGCACCCGUUCCUCAAUCUGAUGAAGAAGAAGAUGAUGAUCCAUCCGAUGAUGGAGAAGAACUAUUUAUAAGAGAGAAUUCUCCGGAUCAUAAAGAAACCAAGGAGAUCUCCAAUGAUAUGGGAAGAAGCCAACUGCCUUUGUCAUCAACUUGUCUUCCCGGAGGAUAUGAUCCUCGUCACAGAGAACCUUCUUACUGCAAUGGAGAUCGUGCAAGUUGGUGGGAAUUGACGGUUCUUUCUUCACACGUUCACCCUUCAGUGGCUACAAUGGCUGGAACCCUUUUGUCAGGGACGAACAUUGUUUACAACGGGAACCCGUUAAACGAUUUAUGCCUAACUGCUUUCUUGGACAAAUUCAUGGAGAAGAAACCGAAGCAAAGCACCUGGCAUGGUGGUUCCCAGAUCGAACCUUCCAAGAAGCUUGACCUGUCAAACCAUUUUAUCGGGUCGGAGAUACUCUCCUUGGCGGAAGAGGACGUGCCCCCAGAAGAUCUUGUCUUCCACAAGUUCUAUGUGAACAAAAUGAACUCCAGUAAGAAAUCGAAGAAAAAGAAGAAGAAAUUGCCCGAGGAAGAAGCUGCAGAAGAGCUGUACGAUGUGGACCAUGGUGAUGGCGGAGACAACGAGAGUGAUGUCGAUGUCGAUGAUGAUGUUGAUGGUGGUGAUGAGAGUGAUAAUGAAGAGAUAGAGAAUAUGUUGGAUGCUGCUGACGAUGUUGUAGAAGCCGAGGAAGGUGACUAUGAUUACGAUGAUUUAGAUAAAGUUGCAGAUGAAGAUGAUGACGACUUGGUGGGUGAUGCUGAGUUGGACAUUGACAUGCUUGAUGGAGAAGAAUUUGAAGACAAUGCCAUCCAUGAUGAUGAUGGCGAUGAAGGUGAGGAUAUUGAUAUAGGAGACAUGGAUGAUGGUGAUGGUGAUGGUGAUGGUGAUGGUGAUGGUGAUGGUGAUGACAAUGACGAUGAUGAUGGUGGUGGUGGUGGUGGUGACAAGAAAAAGCAAGGGAAACGGAAACGGAAAUCGAAAUCACCGUUUGCGAGUCUUGAAGAGUACGAACAUUUGAUAAACAAAGACGAUCCCAAUGAUUCAGAAGCUGGAAGGAGAGGAAAACCAAAGGCCAGAAAGAACAGGAGGAAGAAGAAGUCAGAGUAAUGUUUCAUCGUCUACUUACGAUUGCUUGAGCAAGAAGAAACCACAUUGCUUGUCAUGCAAGGUUCUUUGUUGUUGAGUUGAAAACCCUUUGGAAACCAUUUUUUUCGUCUUUUUAUUAUAAAGAAAAUUUUGCUAUUAACAUUAUGUAAACAUAAUGUUUUAAUGUUUAUUGUAAUAUUUCAUUGUUGGAAAUAACGGUCCAUAUUUAUAUAUA